CGAGCACGUUUUGAGAGUGAUCGUUUGCCGAUGCAAGCGGGAUGGGUCCUUUCAGGGCGGAAGCGAGGGAGCACAAAGGAGAACCGAAAGAAGACGUUUGCUCAGUGCCUCUAUUUCCUUUCGAGGUGGAGACAUUGCUUGGAGCUGCGGGCUUCCUCUUCACAACAAGCGCAUCUCGAAUACUUCUCUUGUGUUCUGUCUGUCCGAGCAUGCUCAGACUAAGUUGUUGCCAGAUGUUUGGGCUCCAUACUCGAAUGGAAGAUGGCGGCAUAUUUGCACAACACAUCGAGCGUCAUCCUCAAAUGUUUUGCCGAUAACUGGAUGCUUAAGCGCUUUCCACUGUGCCAUGUCUCACAUGGGUCAAGAUACCUGCGGGAUGUGUGGAAUUUCAACGAAUGAAUGAAUGAAUUAAAGGAGCGUGACAAAUGAUCAACAUGUGACAGAACAUGAGCCGCCGCCAGCGCGUAUCAGUAGUGUUCUAUUUUUAACCCCCACCGCCGACCUGCUCGGCCUCCCUUUCACAUCGCCGACCGACAUAAAGCAGGCGACACGACGUGCGGCGCCGCCAGCGAGAUGGAGGUAUUUUUUUUCUUUUGCGUGCGCCUGCUUUGUGUCUAUCAGAAUGUGUGGGAAUCAAGUUCCGCCAGGCAUUUCGUUUGGACGCCUGCUUUAUUUUGCAAACGAUACGACGGCGUACAAAUCGGUGAUUGAGCGAAGCGGCUGCUGAACUUUCAGUUUUUGCAAAAGCAAGAAGAAAAGAUGGAAGAAGGACAUGGGCGAGAAAAGGAGGAGACGGCGCCACUGCCGUCACCGCCCUCACGGCCCUCUGUGGCUGAACUUGCCGGAAGGUUCAAAGUUUCGUCUCCUCCCUUUGCCAGCGAGACAGAAGCGCCGGUCAGACGUCGAGCCCCUCGCUCUUUACAACUGCCAAAAAGCCAUGAAGAUGAGCAGGAGAGACCUUCUGGCGUGACUUCACCUGUCAAAGCCAAGAGGAACUCUGCCCUGGUUGAGAAGCUUCAGGCCAACCUUGCUCUGUCCCCCGCUGCCCUGCUGCCCUUGCCCAUGAGCGCUAGCUUCAGGCUGCCGCCGCCGCUCUUCAAACCGCCAACACCCACCGCAGGGAGCCCCUCGUCCACGCCAACGUCUCCCGGCCCCAAUUUUACACCUCUGGCAAGUGAGGAGGAGGGACCGGUGUCAUUCGAAGCUCCACCCGCAGCGGCGGCAGAGGGAUGCCUCUUGAACGUCAGCAAGAGCCGAGCGCGCCACUCUAUCAGGCGACGCCCUCCUUCCCGCCACCGCGCGAAGUCCGGUAGUGGAGCGGAAGUGGGCGUGGCCACAGAGGAGUUGGACAUCGCCAAAAGCCAAUCAAACCGUAACACGACCCUGGGAGCGGCUGAUGUCUUUGCUCAUGACAACAGGAAUCGUUCCAAGGAGGGCGCAUCAGAAGAAGGACGCACUGAUGAGCAAGGAGAACGGCAGUGAGAGGCAGGUUGAUCGAGAGGAGGAGAACCAGGAAAAAACCUCAGGAGAGGCGGAAUGAGACAAUGAGACAGAGAGAUGACGACGGACAGCUUUUCCAAACCCGUGCAACUGAACACUUUUCCUCUUUGAACACUGAUCACAAUUUUCCCAUUUUGAGCCUCGUCCCUGCUUCUGUCAAGCGAUUUGUGGUCACUCAAACAUCCACUUGAAUAAUUCCUCAAAAGAAAGCGUGAAGCACCCGCCACCCGAAACACGACUUAAUGACGUCAGCGGCAUUCCGCUAUUGCCCUGUCCUUGAACGUCUUCAGCUGACAAGAGGAUUUCCCCCAAUUUGGCACCCUUCACACAGUUGCGUCGUCCUUAACCCCACCAAGGUUCAUUUCAGGAAAGGACCAAAAGGGGAAACCUUGCCCGCCGUGGGUUUAAUCUCAUUGCCAUAUGCACUCUGAUCUAACACUGUGCCUACAAAUAAACACACAAGUGGACAUUCACUUGUGAGGUCAAAGGUC